UCGCGAAAAAUAGGAGUCAUUCUUCCUUCUCCAUGGCUGGUUCUUCUACCAGGCAGUUCAAGCAGCUUAGGAAUGUUCCAGGGAACAUUGAUGGAGGUAAUCAAAAUGGGAUGGUGGAUAGUCCAUCCUCUGACGAUUUUGUAUCUCUCCCGGUGGUGUUGCCCCCUCGUGCCCAAGCAGAACCUCUGGGGAAUGAUUCUGAUGAUGGGCUUGGUGGUGAAGAGGUAGACUUGUUCCACCCCAUGAAGAUUCGUGGCACCCUAAAGCAUUUAGUCUCAUCCAUGAAGUUGUUUAAUGCGUGCCAAAAGAGAGCUAUGCGUGAAUUAACUAUGUCGCAUCCUCACAUACAAUUGUGUCUCUACGUGUGAUUUGUCUCCCAAUUUAUAUAUUUCAAAGCCAAUGAAUAAGCGCAUGUUCAAGAAUUAAACCUUUUUGCUCAGAACAUUGCACACUACGUGUGUUUCCAUUGCACACACCAUCA